AUGUCCCUCGGGGACUUUUUGAACGAUGAGUCUCUUGGCUCUUGGGCGGACGAGAUGGAGGAUAUGCCUCUUCCUGCCCCUGCCCCCAGUUACGGAUCUGAGCGACGUGGUUUUGGCGCUUCUACUGGUUUCGGAGCCGGCUUCAGUGACCGUGGAGGAUUCCUUCCUCGAGAACAGCUCCCUCUCCCUGAUAAGCCCCCGUUUACCGCCCACAUUGGCAAUCUUUCCUUCGACGCCACCGAGGGUGAUAUCACCGAUUUCUUCAUGGACUGUGCCGUCACCAACGUUCGAAUUGUCGAGGACAAAAUUGAGAGACGUCCAAAAGGAUUUGGCUACGUCGAAUUUGGUACUCUGGAUGGACUCAAGAAAGCAUUGGACUUGAACAACACUCAAUUCCAGGGUCGAACAAUUAGAAUUAGCGUUGCCGAGCCUCCCAAAGAUCGUCCUGAUGCCCGUGAGCUGAACGACUGGACUCGCAAGGGCCCUCUUCCUGAAAUUCCCCGACGUGGUUCCGAUCGUGGAGGAUUCAGUGGUUUCGAGGCUGGAGAUCGUCGUCGGCCUUUUGAGGCUGGAGAUGGAAAGGUUCGCGACUUUGGAAACUGGGAGCGCAAGGGCCCACCAGCUCCCGUGUUGCCCACUGCCCCAACGAAGGAAGCGCCGCGAGACCGCAGAGAGUCCCCAUCUUGGGGUGAGGGCCGCUCCCAAGAGGGAUCGCGGCCGCCGAGAAAGGAAUAUGAAGAACGAGCUGCUGAUCGUGCACCCACCGCCCCAGAGCUGGACAAUGCCUGGCGCGCCAGAAUGCGACCUGACGCUCCUGUGAGCGCUCCCACCCCUCCUAAGGAGGCCAGUAAGGAGGCUAGCACGCCUACUUCGCCUGUCGCUCCCGCUGUCCGGCCGAAGCUUCAACUUCAGAAGCGGACAGUUUCCGAAGCCGAACCCGCGGCACCCUCUACCGCUUCUUCGGACUCGAAGGCUAGUCCUUUUGGUGCCGCUCGUCCCAUUAACACCUUUGCCAAGGAGAGAGAAAUUGAAGAGAAGAGAUUGCAGGCUCAGCGUCAAAAGAAGGAGCAAGAUGAAAAGGCGCGUGAAGAGAAGAGACAAGCCAAGGAGGCGGCCAAGGCCGAGAAAGCCGCUGCCGCCGCCGCUGGCCAGGACGAAGCUGAGAAACCUCAACCCGGAAACACUUUCAAGGCUUUGUCUAAGGAGGAAGCAAACGCCCCUGCCCAAGAGGGAUCUGAGACCCAGAAUGGUGCCAUUGUUGAUGACAAGGCCGUCAAGCCCCAGGAGACCCCGCAGGAGGGUACCUGGAGGCGGACGUCUGAGCCGACCGCAGAGAGCCUCGAAGAAGAUGGAUGGAGUACCGUAUCCAAGGCCCGCAACAACCGUCGCGGCGGCAACCAGGGCGCACGCGCCAUUGCUUCUUAA